AUGUCAUUCUCCACGCUCCGCAAUGUAGCUGGGCCAUUGCGCCGCACGCUCCUCCGCAACCCUGCUCCCUUCUCCCGCCGUUGUAUGUCAACAACAUUCUACAACAUCGAUGUAGCAGGCCUGACCGAAGACCAGACGGAACUUCGCGAUGCCGUUUCCACCUUUGUUUCUGCCGAACUUCCACCCGAAAAAGCUGCUGCGAUCGAUCGCAACAACGAAUCGCCCAAAGAUAUUUGGACUAAACUCGGCGACAUGGGUCUCCUCGGAAUCACCGUCCCCGAAGAAUUCGGUGGUUUGGGUAAAGGCUAUUUGGAUCAUACGAUUGUUAUGGAAGAACUUUCUCGUGCCUCUGGAUCUGUGGCGCUUUCGUACGGUGCUCAUUCGAACCUCUGUGUCAACCAGCUUAAUAGGCAUGGAACAAAGGAGCAGAAAGAAAAGUAUCUUCCUGAUUUGAUUUCAGGAAAGAAAGUGGGAAGUUUGGCAAUGUCCGAACCGGGAGCAGGGUCCGACGUGGUUAGUAUGACUACUAAUGCGGUUAAGAAAGGUGAUCAUUAUGUGUUGAAUGGAGGGAAAAUGUGGAUUACAAACGCUCCCAUCUCUAGCACGUUCAUCGUGUAUGCUAAAACUGAACCCAAAGCAGGAUCCAAAGGCAUCACCGCCUUCAUCUUGGAAAAGGGAAUGAAAGGUUUCACCCAACUCCCCAAACUCGACAAAGUUGGAAUGCGUGGUUCAGACACAUGCGAAAUCCAUUUCGACAACGUCGAAGUCCCCCAAACCAAUAUCCUCGGAACCCUCAACAAGGGCGCAUCUGUCCUUAUGUCUGGUCUCGAUCUCGAACGACUCGUUCUCUCCGGUGGCCCCCUCGGCCUCGCGCAAGCGGCAUUCGACUACUCGGUAGCGUACGCUCACGAGAGGAAACAGUUCGGAACUCGAAUCGCUGAAUUCCAACUCAUCCAAGGCAAAAUCGCCGAUAUGUACACAAAACUUGGCGCUGCCCGCUCCUACGUCUACGCCGUUGGUCGCGCUUGUGAUGCCGGUAAAGUCUCUCGACGCGAUUGCGCAGGUUCAAUCCUCUACAGCUCCGAUAGAUGCAUAGAGGUUACCACGGAAGCAAUGCAGAUCUUGGGAGGGAAUGGCUAUACCAACGAUUACCCAGUGGCUAGGUUCUGGAGAGAUGCAAGACUCUACACUGUAGGAGCGGGGACUCAGGAGAUCCGAAGGAUGUUGAUUGGUAGGAUGUUCAAUGAGCAGCUCAAGUAG